UUUGAGCGGGGAGGGUGGGGGACGGCGUUCGGCGUUGCUCGUGUCUCGGCGCUGCCUCAUGGCUUUCAACUUCGGGGCGGCUGCUGGCGGCGCGGCCGCCCCAAACCCCGCGGGGUUGUUUGGAGCUACCCAGAACAAAGGUUUCGGUUUCGGUACCACCUUUGGAACAGCCCCAACUACAGGAACUGGGCUUGGCACUUUGGGAACCGGUUUGGGCUUUGGUGGUUUCAACACUCAGCAGCAACCAAAACAGAAAUAGUGAUCUACGUGGUUGAACGGUCACCCAACGGGACUUCCAGGCGGGUUCCAGCCACCACCCUGUAUGCGCACUUCGAACAAGCCAACAUCAAAACCCAGUUGCAGCAGCUUGGCGUGACCCUCAGCAUGGCCAGGACCGAGCUCUCCCCAGCCCAGGUUAAGCAGUUGCUGCAACAUCCUCCUGCAGGUGUUGAUCCUAUCAUUUGGGAACAGGCCAAAGUGGACAACCCCGAACCUGAAAAGCUGAUUCCAGUCCCAAUGGUUGGCUUCAAGGAACUCUUGAGGAGGUUGAAAGUUCAAGACCAAAUGACAAAGCAGCAUCAGAGCCGACUGGAUAUUAUAUCAGAAGAUAUAAGUGAGCUUCAAAAAAACCAGACUACCACUAUGGCCAAAAUCGCUCAGUACAAGAGAAAGCUAAUGGAUCUUUCCCAUCGAACUUUGCAGGUGUUAAUCAAGCAAGAGAUCCAGAGGAAAAGCGGGUAUGCCAUCCAAGCGGACGAGGAGCAACUCCGCGUGCAGCUGGAUACGAUUCAGUGCGAGCUCAACGCCCCUACCCAGUUCAAG